AUGGAUUCUCUAGCUGCCCAACUUUCAUCUUCAUAUAUUCAUACACCUGCCCCAGUGAAACAAACCUUAUCCACUAGUCUGGUUUCAGAAACUGCUGAGAUCAAGUACAAUGUAUGCGUGGACAACAAAACGAAGUGCCCAGAUGGGUCGAAAUGUUGCGAAGCAGGGCUCCACAAAUUUGGAUGCUGUCCUAUGACUGAUGCAGUAUGUUGUUCCGACCAUAGACACUGUUGUCCUUCCAGACAUAAAUGUGUAAAAAAUGCUACUCUGUGCGUACCGACUGAUUCUGAAGUCCUAAGAGUUUCCGGUUUUUCAACUAAACUUACUUACGUAUGUCCUGAUAGGAGGUUUAGCUGCGCAAACAACGAAACGUGUUGCCUUAUGUCGAGUGGUGAUUUCGGAUGCUGUCCAUUUCCACUGGUGAAUUCAUUUGUGUUUUUAAAUGAAAUCAUGUUGUCUCAUACCACUUACCAACACUGCACUAAGCUGGUUUGUUCCUAUUUUUUUUCGAACCUUUGUUUUGCUUUAUUAAUAUUAUUUACUUCGAAGAAGGAUCCAAGUCUGCUAUAA